AUGUCGGCUGGCGAUGUGCAAAUCACGCUGCCACAGGUUAACCAUCAGAAACAGCCGGGGACGAUCGAACUCAGCAUGACACAUUUGAAAUGGUCGCCAGAUAUGAUAGGCGAAGUCGUCCUCGUCGAAAUUCAAAAAGUCAAAAGACAGAAAAUAUCUCCCGAGGGAAAGUCAAAGGUUCAAAUUCAGCUAGAAUUGACCGAUGGCCGCGCGUUGACUUUUCAUUUUGCCGAUGAUGAUCCGAAAGCGUCCAGAAACAAGGUCAAGACGCACCUUGGAAAGCUCAUGGGAAAAGUUUUGGCGAAGAAGGUCGACAAAAACCUUGAGGAGCGGAAGAGAGUGCUUCAAAACAACCCCAACCUCGUCAAAUUAUAUAAACAGCUCGUCACAACUGGACAAGUGACUGCCGAAGAAUUCUGGAGCUCAAGGGCGCAUAUGCUCGAUUCAAGCCACGAGCAAGAUAUUGGCAUCACAGCUGAUUUCCUUUCAGAAGUAAAGCCACAGUCGGAUGGAACGAACUCUAUCAGAUACAACUUGACGCCAGAAAUCGUCAAGGUCAUUUUCAGAACUUAUCCGGCGGUGAAAAAGAGAUACUUAGAAGUUUGCCCAGCAGAGUUGUCGGAGAAAGACUUUUGGACUCAGGAAAAGUUUUUCCAAUCGCAAUACUUCCACAGAGAAAAACUGGUUGGAGAGAAUGAAACUUCUAUUUUCGCAAAUUGUGACUCGCUGGAAGAUAAGGAGCUCAGUAAUCAAGCUCGCAAUUCACUGGUCAACUUGGAGAGGAUCUUUGACAUGGAUUAUAUGAACGAGUACGCGGAAAACGAAAUCACGCAAAAGCUUAAUGAUAAGAAGCAAAAAGCUGCACUCAGCAAAAAGGAGGCGAAGAAGUUGUUAGUGAAGAGGAUUAAUAACCACGCUACUCAAGUCCUUCAAUCUUGCCAAAAACGAGAAGCAUCCGAAGUUACCAAUGGUGUCCCCGCGAAACGAAUGGCCGACGACGUCCGAGCCCACCUAUCUGAAAAUGUUGAUUUAGUCAAGCAAUCUGAAACCACCGCGGUUCCCUGUACAAUUGUCGACAAAGAUAGCUUCUUCAACUGGGGCGCUGAUGACGAUAAGAAAUCGACGCUCAAUCGAAUGGAUGAGCGACAGCGAAGAAGCUGCCUCAAACAUUUUCAACGAUCAACUGACGAUUACAAGUCAGACAUUCACAACACAAUACGAAAUGCCCAAAAUGAGUUCCCUAAAGUUCUUCUGACCUUGAUGCAGGAACAGCGCCGCGCAAAUAAGUCGGAGUUUUCGACAGAGCUUCCGCCAGAUGAUCUCGUUGAUGCGCUAGAGCUGUUGAAAGAGAUCAUACGACAGUUUUGGAGUUGUUUUCCAUAUAAACCAGAGUUGGAAGAGAAGCUUGAACGAAUGAUGAACAAUAUCAAAGAAUUCGAGAACAAACUCGACGUGAUGGAGGACGAUUACCGGGAGAGAAGCGAGCCUGGACAAAUGAGAGAGAUGGUGAAUGCCUUCCUCGCGCGAUAUGGCGAGUACAACGCCAUGUGCAGCUUCGGCACUGGCAUGAUAGGAACUAUCAUUGGAACUGUCAGCGAUGUCAUCGGACGAAAGAAAGUUCUGGUUGCUAAUAAGAUUGGAUACUUCGUUUCAAUAGUAGUCACAACUUUCAUAACCUACUAUCAUCUUCAUCCAUUCUUCUUCUUGAUUCCUAGUACUAUAUGGAAUCUUGUUGGUGGGUACAGUGUUAUGCUUGGGGUGACUUUUGCAACAGUGACAAGCUACAGUCCUGAUGAGAAACGAUUCUGGUACAUUGUUGCUGCUGAUGUCGGAAUUUCCAUUGCAGGACUUACUGUCACUGGAAUUGGUUAUCUAAUAAAUACCCUCCCCACGGAAAAUUACUGGAUGGUCACAGCCGUCGGCAUCGGUGUCAUGGCAGUUCCCGUCCUCCUCGCAAUUUUCGGAAUGAAAGAAAAUGUCUUACCUCCAGAAAUCGCUGCUUUUGACAAGCUAAAGAAGUGCUUUACUGACAUCAAAGAAAUCUGGUUCCGACGUUCACAUUUAAACAAGUUCCUCUGGUCAAUAGUUCUUGUUCCUGCUCUGGACAAGCUCGUUUCUUUUGGUACGAGCUCGAUUACGAAUCUAUAUCUUCAAUCGGCUCCAUUUGCAUGGGAUCCUGAACAAUUAUCGAUGUAUAUUUCUGCUUCAAGCCUUCUGGGUAUUUUAUCCUUUAUUUUACCUGGCGUUUUCCGCCACUUUGGAAUUUCACACUUCACCAUUAUCUACCUCUCAUUAUUGAUGAACAUCGGGAGCAACAUCAUGUUCGGGAAAGCUACUACGACCGUUAUGAUUAUGUGCACUCUCGGUUUCAACGUGCUAACCGGAAGCUACAUCCCCGUCAUCAGAAACUUGCUCGCUAUGAAUACAGAAAAACAUAAUCAUGGUGCUGUUUUUGCUUUCUUAGCUGCUUUGGAAGCAAACUGCAUAACCGCUGGUGGCCUUCUCUACUCUUAUCUUUACCACGAGUUCCCUGUAGACACAAGCUGGCUUUGGUGGCUUCUAUCUUCUGCCAUCGGCGUUGUUGGCUUCGUUUUUGCCAUAUGUGCCCAUUUUGUUUAUGUCGAAAAGAUCAGAUUUGCUGAAGACCAACGUUGCCUUAUCAAUGAAAUAGACGAUUCUGCUUCUGAGAGCUUUAGCGAGUUCGACGGAGAUCAAACCCCGCUUGACUAA